GAGCUCUGGAUCCGUUGCGAGGAGAAGUGUGCGUUUCCCUUCAACGUGACGUACCCAGAUCCUGGUAACGAAACCACGGUCACCACCACCAAGUACAGUCCUGCAGAGAUUGCGCUUUGGGAGUUUGCUCCAUGGCUGCGGCCAGACGAUUAUCUCACUCCCGAGGAGCAGGAGGGGCCAGUGCCGCUGGGUCCACCAGUGCCAGAGCGCUUACUGCCUGAGUCGCCGCCGCUCGUGGCACCUUUUGCAGGCGGCCGAGGCGGGAAAGGGUUUCUUCACUCUUCACCAUGA